AUGAGCGAAUCACCAAGAUCAGACAAGUGCCAGACCAGGUACAGCACUCCUGCCCCGGAACUGGAUGACCAUCGAUUCCAGGCCGAAGGACUGCCCAGGGUAGACACCAUGGAGAGUCCAGUCCCGCAGAGCAUGCCGGGGGCUCCCGGCCUGCCUGAAAUUCAGCCAACUGCCAACAACCAGCCAAUCCAUGACGGGACCCCCAGAUAUAGAGAUUUUGAGCAUGCUGUUAUGGACGACGAUGAGGAAGCAGACAUGGACAGACUUGGAGCCCGGAGGAUUUCAGUUAACCCAAUGGGCGCUCGAUUGAACCCCAACGAGCUCCGCCGACCCUCCGUGACUUCCUCGCAUACGUCAGUUUCGACCUCUCCUCCAAACUCCGUCGAGGCAUUCGCCGAGCCCCGUCGACGUGAGCGGGCAAACACAAUGGAGAGCCAGAUGCCCGGAGAGCGUGAACUCCAUCUCCAUCGCACCAUAUCGGCGGCUUCGCAUCAUCGCAGGCCAACUUUCAGCAACGCCAGCGCCAUUCGUCCUGGUAGCGUGGACCUCCGAGUCAACCCAACUGAAGAGGCAGAUGUGUGUUUCGCACCACCGGCAUUCGAAGAGCCAGGUCGUACACCUAUUAUUGACUACGAGGAACUUGAAGAAUUCGUCGCUCUGAGCAACAAAGCCAACAAGGAAAAUCGCUCAGCUCAGCGUGCAACCCAGCGCAAGCAUAGCAUGAGCUCUCAGAGCAAACAUCUCCACAACUUCCCGGGCCUCCGCACGGGAGACAGCAAGGUCGACGUUCCUAACAUCGUAAUGACACCAUGCUCUACCGAGAAGUCAAACGAGACCGUCCAGCUGGCCGGAGAAGAUCUAGGCAAAUUUGACUCGGACGAACCGGUGGGCGAAAAGAGCGGCCUUGAAGCCCUGAAAAAUGCCAACGACCCGCACCGCUUCAGCUUCUUCUCCUCUGAGUUUGAAAGCACCGUCCAUGCCGCUGAGAUCGGAGACCUUGUGCUUCCCGGUGACUCGUUCCGUGAUCUCUUCCAGCUUAGCCCUGAUGGAGGAGUUUGGUGGCUUGACGUCGUUAAUGCGACCAGCGAAGAGAUUGGUGCUAUUUCUCGCGCUUUCUCCAUCCAUCCUUUGACGGCCGAAGAUAUCAUGACCCAGGAAGCGCGUGAGAAGGUCGAGCUGUUCCGCCAGUAUUACUUUGUCUGUUUCCGUACCUUCUAUCAGAUGGAUAAAGCCAGCGAAGAAUAUCUAGAGCCAGUCAACUUAUACAUGGUGGUGUUCCGGGAGGGCGUUAUUUCGUUCAGCUUCGUGGACAAUCCUCAUGCCGCUAAUGUGAGGAAGCGAAUUGGAAAGCUACUCGAAUCCGAAGCUAUUGAGGAUCACGUCUACGUCGCCCGCCUCGAGGACUUCAACCUCUUCCUCCCGCAGAUCGGCGGCCUGCGUAAGAAAGUAAUGAGUCUUAUGCGUCUCCUCGGCGGGAAGGCAGAUGUUAUCAAGGGGUUCGCCAAACGCUGCAACGAGCAAUACUCGGUCACCCCUCGCGGCGAUAUCGGGCUGUACCUGGGUGAUAUUCAAGACCACGUUGUGACCAUGAUGUCGAGCUUGGGCCAUUUUGAAAAGAUGCUCAGUCGCUCACAUGGUAACUAUCUAGCCCAGGUGAACGUGACAAACAUCAUGGUGGGCAAUAGAGUGAACGAGGUGCUGAGUAAGAUCACUUUCCUGGCGAGUAUCCUUGUUCCAAUGAACUUGAUCUGUGGUCUUUUCGGAAUGAACGUCCGUAUCCCUGGCCAGCACACCGAUAACCUCCACUGGUUCUUCGGUAUUGUGGGGGUUAUCGUUCUGAUCUCCAUUGUCAGCCUGACCUUCGCGCGUCGGUACAAACUCCUGUGA